GUAGGUCUUUCCAAGGAGAUUUAACUGAGAAGGGAAGACCCAUCCUGAGUGUAGGUGGUACCAUCCCAAGGGCUCUGGAUACAUACUGAAUCAAGGGUUGAGCUUCCUUGCCCAUGCCAUGGUCCAAGCUAUUCUUGCCAUCAUGACUCCCUUCCAUAAUAGGCUACAUUCCUCUGAACUGAGCCAGAAGAGACCCUUCCCUCCUUAAGUUUUGUUUUGUCAGAUAUUUGGUCACAGAGACAAGAAAAGAAGACUAAUACAACUUUAAAGAGUGACUUUGGACACAUAGGCCCACCUGGCGCCAUGCAGCCUGGGUGGGCGGAAGCCAGCCACAAGCCAGGCAGGCACUACUAUGAUGAACAGGUUUGUGGUGGAGAAAUGAAGAGAAGGAGAAGUGGAGUGCUUCGUGCACUGUGAAGAGAUGCAGAACUGAAGAUGCAUAGGCAGUGAGGAACAGUUUGAUAGGGGUGGCCUAUGCUGCCACCUGGGACCGUGUAAUGUCCAGGCCUGUGCUGCCACCAAAGACCUUGUCUGGGUCCAUGGCACUACUGCAGCCAAGGUCUACGUUGAUGUUCAUGGACCAUGUUACCACUGAGAGCCAUACAGAUGCCGAUGAACUCGGCCACUGUCUGAGGCCGUGCUGGUGUCUGAGGGACAUGCUGCUGCUGGGGCCAUACUGAACUGCAUGACUUGUGCAGCCAACCAGAGCCAUGGUAAUGUCCAGGCCAGAGUUGUGGCCCAGGGCCAUGUCUGAGUCUGCGGUCCUACUGUAUCCAGGGUCUGUAUUGAUAUCCAUGGCCUAUGUUACCAUGGGGACCAUGGAAGAGCUGGCUCUGGGAGGUUUGGGCACCAGGAAGCUGGUUCUGCCUCCAUGGGAAAACUGCCCCUCUGGCCCCUACAGGGAUAACUGGCCCUUCAUGCAGAGAAACUGGCCUCAUCCUUCACCAUGAGUGGUGGAGAGCUGGCCCUAUGGUGUGGGUCUGGAAGAGCUGGCCCUGCUCCUCACAGGAGAUCUAGCCCUGACCCUUGCCUGAGGGGAGUGGUCCCAGUGGAAGCCGGAACUGACCAACUCAGCUACUACCCAGGCCAACAUCCAAGGCUUUGAGUUGGCUCACCCCAACAUCUAACCCAGUUAUGACCUGCUGAGUGCAUGAAGGGACCAUUCCUAAAGAGCCAUAGCCACAGGAUCUCCAUGACUCAGGGCAACAGCAGGAUAUCCCAGACAAGUUUUGGUGAGGGUCCAGUAUUGAUGGUGUAGCAGAAGCCAGAGGCCUUGAACCAGACCAACAACUCAUUGCAAUGAACAUUUUCAAGUAAAGCUGUUUGGGCAAAAGGGUCUACUGCAUGACAUACUGAAGCUCCCAGGGCCACUACCACAAUGAAUGUCAUGGAGAGACAGGAAAGAUGGAGGAAUAAAGUGUUUUGUUAUUGCUUUUGUUUUUUUUUUUAUUUGUUUUUCUUUUGGAGUAUGGGGAGGCUACAAGGGUGGAGGGUGGACAUAGAAAGACUGGGAAAUGAGUGGGAUUGGGGUGAAUGAUGUGAAAUUCCCAAAGAAUCAAUUUUAAAAAUGUUAAUAAAAAAAAGAGUCACUUAGAAAACAUGAAAAAACUCUUUAAAAAAUGAUGAGUAAAAGAUGACAGACAGCUUUGGAAGCAGUGGGCAAAAGAUUAAAAAAAAGGGGCAUCUCACAGAAAUCAAAAACAUGAAGUGGGAACUUACAAAUCACCAUAGUGAGACACAUUUUAAAAACAUUUUUCAUUUAUUUGCUUGAUUUUACAUAUAGGAGUUUAUUUUCUUCACAUGUGUGUAGGCACAGCAUGUGUGUCUGGUGCCCAGGGAGCUCAGUUAUGGGCAUUUGGUUCCCUGGAACUGGAGUUCCAGUUUUGAGCCACUGUGUGGGUGCUGGGGACCGAACCUAGGUCCUCUGCAGGAGCAACAAGUGCUCUCAACCUUUGGGCCAGCCCCAAAACAAUGAGAUAUUUGAUACCCACUAACGUGGCAAAGAUUCAGAAUUUGGCUAUGCCACCUGGGCAAGGACCAAUGGUAGAUGUGUGGCCUAACGUGGUCACCACUACUAAUGUGGUCACCACUAAUAAUAUGGUCACCACUACUAAUGUGGUCACCACUACUAAUGUGGUGACUUUUGGGAAAGACUCUGGCAUUUUCUUGCAAAAUUUCAGACAAAGUUCAGCUCAGGUAUCCAAGAGCAGCAUUCAAACAGCAAACAGGACCUGUGUGCUGGAAUGUCACCCAAUGCUGUCCCCAACAGUCACAGUCUGGAAACAACCCAAGUGUAUCACGGCCACACUUCAGACAGCACACACGGUAAAGUGAAGUGAGUGGGCCAGAAGGAUAGGAAUCUCGGUAGCAAAAAGCAAGAACUGAAAGACAACACAGAGUAGCACCGUCUGCCACUCGAGCCAAGCUGAGCCAUAUGCUGUCAACAGGUCAGUUAUGCUAAGCAGUAAGUAGCUCCCUGAGGGGAAGGGGACUGGGGCUGGCAGCCUGGGUCACUUCGCACUUUUCUCCUCUUGUGUUGAGUUCCUAUCAGUUCAUAAGAUGAAUGAGUGGGUAGAUGGCAGUCCUGGGAAUACAACGAAAGGGCACUGAAAAAUCUGAUGGGAAACGGUCUUGAUUCUCAGACUUCUCUGGUGUAGACUACCCUGUGGGAAGCCUGGUGCUGAAGAGAAGGAGGAAGCUUCCCAGCUGAGCACAAUUCCCCCUGGGCCUGAAGGAACCUCCACAGAACUCCACAAAUUGUCCUGAGAACAAUUACAGUCCCCAGAACUGGGGAGAGCAAGGCCACUAAGGAGUGUGUAAAGAUCAGGGAGGCCCAAAUCAACAGGGCCUGUGAGAUGAGGAGCUUGUCCCCCAGACCUGCAGUUAGAGACACUGCAGGGACCCUGCCUGGCUUGCUGAGACCUUGAGACAAAGGGCCCAGGGAAAGCAAGACCUUCCAGGGCCUCCCCGUCAACUGCUUCCACAAGCCUAGCCAGUCCGUGACACCAGACCUGAGAACUGGAAAGCCCCCAGCCCAGAGGAGGGGGGCAUCCACCCUGUCCCAGGCUGCUCUGGCUUAGAUGGCACUCAGGUACCCCAUCACCAGCAUGUGUGGGAUCAGGCUGACAGACUUCCACCCUCAGCUUGCAAGCAGUCCCCCUUCUUAUUUGGCUGGCCCACUCUCUUUCUGAAGUGCUGAAAGGAGACUGGAGACAGCCCUUGGGCUCCUCCCCAGCUCAGCUCUUCCCACCUGCCAGGAUUCCCACAGACCUUGAGCUGUGGAGGCCCCCUUCAGCAGACUCCAGGCUCCAGUGCCAACUACCAGCUUCGGCACUCAUCAGGGGCCACUGCAUGGUGCCAGUGAACUCACUCAUCAGAAGAGCCAACUGCCCAACCCAGCAGGUAAGAACCAGUUGUGGCAAGCGCUGCUUGUUGAGUGUGUAAAGAACUGUGUUCCUCCACCAACCUCCUCUGCCUGUCCAGGAACAGACAGCCUGGUGCUAAAUGUGAUCGAGGGACCUGGGGCUGCACCCCUUCCAAGAUGGGCCAAGGAAACCAGGAAGUACUACUGCAUGGGGACCCCUGCCUGGUUUCUGCUCCAGGUCACCCCAUGUGCCCUCAGACACCUAGCUACAGAGGUGUCCCCACGGGAAAUUCCCAAACUGUUUUUUUCACUUGAAGAUUGGUGACGACACCUUCCAUUCAUUCUCCACCACUAAGUUUGCUCCUUGGGAAAAAAAUGAGUUCUGGCUGAGCAGAGUCUGGGCCAUGGUAGAACAUCAAACGUGAAGUCAGACGGACUCACACGCUGUAGCCCCAGGACUCAGGAGGCUGUCGCAGGAAGAUACUGCGUUUGCUGUCAGCCUGGCUACAGAAACUGUCUCAGGGAGAGGAGAAGAAAGGAAAGGAGACGCCAUUACAAAGCAGGGUGAGCCUUCUCCUCUGCAACCCUUUGCUCUGUUUCCCUCUCCAUUUGAUGGUCCUGUGACCAGUGGAGGUGUAGCCUUUCAGUCUGACCUUCCUGCGGCAUGAGGGAUCCUCUAGCCACAGAAAAAAUGUAUGAACCUGCCAAGGUACUUGAGUCUUCAGACAAGAUAGCAUACAAAAUCCAGGCCUAUAGCCUCUGAGCAACAUGUAAGGCAAAGCAAGCUUUCUUGGAACUGUAUGAGUGCAUGUAACAUGGUAUAAGCAUGUGUAUACAAGUGUGCAUGUGUAUGCAUGCACACACCUGAAAGGAGUGUGUGUGUGUGCAUGUGCACCUGGAAAGCAUGUACUUGUGUAUUGAGUCAAGGAGGGUAGCACAUACUCACAAAUAUGUAAGAGGGGUGUUUCUGUUCAUGCUGAUGUUCACAGAUCCUAAGUCAUUGCUCAGCUGUUAGCUCUUGGUAAAUGUGAAAGUGAUCUUCACAGUGGACGUGACAGGUGAGUACCGCAGCAGAUCCUGAAAGUACACAGUGAGAGCCCUCUCUGCUUGUCUGACCUCUCCCUGAAAACAAGGCUGGUCAGCCCUGGGAGGCCCCACAGAGAAGUCCCUUGGUCCUGAGACAGUGUGGUGGCCCUUGCCUUUGAGACCCUAGCAGGGGCCACAAAGCCUCCAACAACUUGGACCAAUGGAACAGUGGCCUGGGCCCAUCACACAGGGAGCUUGAAUCCCUGCUGUUCCAUGGUGCUCAGAAGUGGCCUCCCAGCCAGAAAGGGCCAUGAGCAACUGCAACAACACUUUGGUGACAGAGUUCAUUCUUCUGGGUUUCCCAGAGCUGUGCCACCUUCGAGGGCUGCUCUUUGGGUUAUUCCUAACCAUCUAUGUGGUGACCGUCCUAGAGAACUUGGUCAUUGUGGGCACCAUCAGCACUAGCCGGCAGCUACACAUACCCAUGUACUUCUUCCUGGCCAAUCUGUCUGUGCUGGAAACCCUCUACACCACAGUCACAGUGCCCAAGCUGCUUGCUGGUCUCCUGGCAGGGGAAAAAGCCAUCUCCUUCUCAGGGUGCCUCACCCAGCUGUUCCUCUUUCUUUCACUGGGCUCCUCUGAAUGCUUCUUAUUAUCUACCAUGGCCUGUGACCGGUACCUGGCCAUCUGCCGCCCACUGCACUACCCAGCCAUUAUGGAUUCAAGACUGUGCCUACAUCUGGCUCUCAGUGCCUGGCUUGGGGGCUUCUUGGCCUCCUUUGUGUCCACAGCUCUCAUCUCCCGCCUCAGGUUCUGUGGCCCCAAUGCCCUCAACCACUUCUUCUGUGAUGUCUCACCCCUGCUGCAACUGUCCUGCUCAGACACCACUGCCAUUGAAAUGCUGGACUUUGUGGCAGCUCUGGCAGUCCUUGCAACCUCUCUGAUGGUGACCUCAGUCUCCUAUGCUCGCAUCCUUGCCACGGUCCUGAGGAUUCCAGGAGGAGCAGGCCGCAGGAAGGCUUUCUCCACAUGUGCCUCCCACUUGGUGGUAGUCUUAAUCUUCUAUACCACCACCACCUUCAUGUAUGCCCGGCCUCAUGCCAUAAGCUCCUUCGACCUCAACAAGCUGGUAUCUGUGAUCUACUCGGUAGUGACUCCCCUGUUGAACCCUAUAAUCUACUGCCUGAGGAAUCGUGACAUCAGGGAGGCGUUCACCAAGCUCCUCCAGACCCCCAGGUUCUCCUGAACACCAGUUGCUGGGUCCUGCUGGAACCCUGGGUCCCUCUUCUCUGCUCUCAGACAUGCCCACCAGCCAGUCAAGGCUGUGUUCUUCCUCGUCACUGUGGACAAGUCCCUCCUUUCCCCACAAUUAAGAGUAUCCAAGGGCACACUACGGCCAUUAGCCAGCAACAAACAAGAAGCAAAGGUGACCACGGCCUAGAGACUCUGGGCCCUUCUAGAAAACUCAGCUGUUCUUUUUAGCAGCCCAGGCAAGUCCUUUGUUCUUAAAAUCUCAGUACAGAACCUAAAGGAAGCUCCCUGUCUACUGUCAGGAUCUGGCCUUUAUAACCUUUUCCUGACCAGCCUUGAAUGCCCCACUUCUGAGACCCUGAGAUUUGGCCUUCUUCGAAUAAGGUCCCAGCUCCUGGCCAGGUGGGAGGGUUCCAGCAAGUCCAGGCAGUGUUACUGAGUAUGCAGAUUCUCCAUUUCUCAGAAACAAGGAUGGCUUCUUACGGCUUCUUGCAGAAAGCUUGGUAGGUCUGAUGAGUAAAUGGCAUGCAUGUGUCUGCCUUUUCUUUCUUUUGUGGGGCAUGAGGGUAGAAACAGUAAUGCAAGCAUUUCCCUUCCCAGCAGUUAUCACUGUUAGCCUGGCCAAGUUCUUUCUUGGUUUUGUGGUUGUCCUUUUCCUUCAGGACAGUCACCUAGAAUGAUGAGCUUCACAUGUAUCUUUGGAAGAAUUUAACAUUGCCUUUGUGGCCUGUGUCUCAAUGUUUUACCUUGCACUUCUGAAGUUACAUCAGGAUGCACCCAUAUUUAGGAUUGUUUUGUUCAUAAAUGUAGCCCUUCACAAUGAGGAAGCACCCCUCUGUCUCUGGCACGUCUGUCUGCCUCGACACCUAAAGCUUGAACUCUGCUAUGAUUUAAUACAGCCGCGUCACCUUCCUUCCGGUAACUGUGUGAUACAUACUUUCUGUGCCGGUUUUGAAUCUACUCUCUCCACUCCUGACCACCAUCUGCAGCCGGCUCUGUGACCCAGGCAGGGCCUGCACAGACCAUGCUUCUGCCACACCAACUGCUCUCUGUUGAGAACUCGGCUUUGUAGAUAAUCUCUGAGCUUUGUUUGGUUUGCAACAGUCUUAAGUGUGUAUUUCUCUUUGUAUUUGCUGCCUUUGGUGUGUGUAAUGCUUCCAGAACUCAAGGCUUGCAUUGUCAUCGGUUUUUGAAACACAUCAGGCAUAACUUUCUGAAACACUGCAUCUGCCUUGUUCUCCCCUUUGCUUGCUCCAAAACUACAUGUGUGUCAGAUCUUCCUACAGCCCCUCUGUCUCCUCGUGGUCUGAGCUAUAUACUCCCUUUUCUGGACACUUUCUUCCAAUCUUCCAGGUUCCCAAGUCUCUCUCCAACUAUGUCUAAUAUUCAGGAUAUUUGGCUUUAUUUUGUUCAUUCUAGAAUUCUCAUUUUGUUCUUUUUCUAAGUGAAAAAAAAAACCUCAUUUUUUUCACAAUCAUCAAUCAUCACAGAACAUACCUGUGACCAAAUGUGUAGGGUAGUGUCCUCAUUUACCAAUCAAGCAAUUCUGCAGCUAAUACAAGGUAGGGUCUUCUAAUUCAGUUCAACCCUGACACUGACUGCUUGGACGUAGCUCAGUUCCCACAGGUCUUAGCUGAAUGCUCAGAUGGUCCUGCCCAAUUCAGAAUCCAGCUUCAAGCCCAAGGAGUUUACCUGCAUUUCUCAUAAAACAGCUAUAAAUGGGGCCUUGCAUAAUCCCUUCCUUGAGAUCUUCUAAUUUGCUAGAGAGCUCACUAAACUCUGGGGAGCAUUUGCUUACAUGUGCCAGCUUAUUAAAAGAACCACACCAGGACUGAUAAGGCUGCUGGUUAGGCUCUUUCCUUGCAAACAUAAACACAUACAUUUAGUCCCCAAAACCCACAUUUAAAAGAAAAGGCCAAGCAUGGUACUACAUGCUUGCAGUCUUAGUGCUGGAGAAGUAGAGAUAGGCAUGUGCCUGGAGCUCACUAGUCAGCCAGCUCAGCCUAUUUGGCAAGCUCCAGGACAGGGAGAGACUCUGUCUCAAAAACACAAAAUGAUUACUCCUGAAAAAUAUCACCUGAGGCUUUUUGUCUGGCCUCCACAUGCCCCCACAUACACACAUGCACUUGCAUGUGUGCCUGCACACUUGUGAACACACACACACAGACAGCAUAGAAGAAGAAUCACAAGGGAUACAGAUGAAGAGAUACAGUGGGCAAGGAGUCUGUGAGUGGUACCCUGGGUCUCCUGAACUGAUUAUCUAUCCCUUACCCAGACUGGACUGCAUUCUUUCUAGAACCAUAUGCAAAUGCCUAAUAUCUUUAAGAUUUAUUUACUUUUAUUUUGUGUGUAUGAGUGUUUUACCUGCAUGUAUGUAUAUACACCAUGUGAGUGCCUGGUGCCCAUAGAGGCCAGGAGAGGGUAAUAGAUCCCUUGGAACUGGAGUUAUAGAUGGUUGUUAGCUGCCACAUGGGUGCUGGGAACUGAAGCAAGGUCCUCUGCAAGAGCAGAAAAUGCUCCUAACUGCUGAGCCAUGUCUCCAGCCAAAGCUUUAGUAUCUUGCAUAAGCCCCUCUUCUUUGGUCUUCUAGAAGUUAUCUUGAGUGUUCCAAGUCUAUCCUUGUCACCUUUGGAAUCUCUUGGAUUCUUUAUUAACUUGCUAGUACAAUUUUAAAAUGCCAUAAACAAGGUGGUUUAAACAACAGAAAUUAAUUUUCAUUUUAACUUAAUAACUGGGGUCUUCCAAGGACCCUUUUCUUCCCUUAAGGAUGCCAUGCAUAGUGGUCCCUUUGUCUCUAUAUAAUCUGUGGCCUAAUAUCCUUGGAUUGUGACCCUGUUACUUCCUUAAAGAUCCUAUUAUGAAAUACAGCUACAUUCUGAGGUGCUUGGGAUUAGGAUCCAACAUACAUAUGGGGCAACUCAACUUCUAACAAGUGCCUCUUAAAGACAUUCUGGGAAGGGUUGCUAAGUUCUGAACCGAUCUGACUCUUGAGGCAGCAUUAAAAUUCAUAGGCCAAACUGGACGCGGUGGCACACACCUUUAAUCCCAGAACUUGGGGGGCAGAAACAAGUGGGUCUCUAUUAGUCUUGUCUAAAUAGUGAGUUCCAGGCAAGAAAUGGAAUCUUCCAGAAACAUGUGAGUCAAAAAUGAAUGAUGUUCUUAGCAAUGUCCAGAGAAGAUGGACUAGCAGCACUCCCAUGACUGGCACCUCUAGGAAUAGGACAGGACAGCUGAACAACAGCCACCCUUGGUAGGGGCUAAUAGGCAGGCACUGGAGUUUCAAUACGGAGUUGUCUAAGAACAAUAAUUUAAGCACGAAAGCAUGGAGAAAGACCAUCUCCACACCGGGAAUACUCCCAGAGGCAGAAGUAGGAGAAUGGAGACAGAAAGUCCAAAAACAAUUAACACUGUCAGUGCUAAGCAGAACUGCAGUCUGACUCAGAUCAGGGACUGUAGACUCUAAGCGGCACAUACAACAUGAUGCAGUGUGAGAAACCAUCUGGGGUGGGGCUGAGUCUGCCACCUUAGGAGUCGAAGGUUCUUGGCAUUAUCCCAUCUCCAAGAACUCCAAGAACGGUUGCUCUGGGCCACGGGAUGCCAACCUGGAGAGCUGGUCUAGCUACAGAGGAGAGGCUGAAUGACAAACAUGGUAGGGAGUUGCUUUAGGUUAAAGAGAGAAGUGGCAGUUACUUAUGGGUUGGAGCUUUCAGUCAGGGAAGCUGCUGCAAGAGCUCCCAGAGGAGGCAGGAGCACUUGCAUAUCGUUAUAUAGGGAGCUGAGUUGUGCGAAAUCACAGCUCUUGGAGGGCAGGACCUGUUCAAAAGGCUGCAUCCCCAUAGGACUUCCCCAACCCACAACCAGGCAUUUGAAGAUGAAAAAAACUAGGACCAGCUGUCAGUCUGGGAUACAAGGUAGUUGAGAAAAGCUCUAGUUACUGAGCAAACACCAAGAUAAUAAAAUGAAAACAUACAGGACAGAGCCUCCAUUCUCGCCGGGUGAUAUGAGCCCAAAUGGCCACAGAAGAGCAGGUCAGCAUAGGUCAACAUCUUUCACUGCUCUCCAUAUGACUGGCCCCUGAAUAAGACUAGAAUCUUAUCCUCUUUUUUAAAAUCAGUACAUUUCCCCACAUUCCUUAUGAUGAUUUAUUUGUGGUAUGUAUGUCUGUCUGUGUGCAUGCGUGCAUGUGUGUGCGCAUGUGCACAUAUGUGUACACAAGUUCAAGGAGGCCAGGAAAGGGUGUCAGAUCUCUCAGAACUAGAGUUACAGGAGAUUGUGAACCCAGUGUGGGUGCUGAUGUUUAAACUCCGGUCCUCGUGAUUGAGUAGUGAGUGUUCUUAACCACUGAGCAAUCUCUCCAGUUCCUAUAAUGUAUUUUUUAAAGAUUUCUUUUUAUGUGUGUCUGCCUGUGUAAGUUUAUAUGCAGCUGUUACCCUAGAACUAGAUUUACAGAUGGUUAUGAGCCAUAAGGAGGGUGCUGGAAACCAGUCCUGGCUGUCUUUGAGAGUAAUAAAACAUUCUUAACCACUGAGCCAUCUCUCUAGCCCCUGAGGUAUUGUUUUCUUCUUCUUCUUCUUCUUCUUCUUCUUCUUCUUCU